AUGGCACUGACUAGACGUCGUGUUCUGCUGACGCUGUUUACGGUGCUGUCCCUGAUAGCGGUGCCCACAAAUGCCGCACAAAUAUUCAGACCAUCGUCACACAGACGGCCACAUAGGUCGCCAGAGGAGCAGCAUCUCGACCGAGACGUGACUGAACGUUCGACAGAGAAACAACCGCUUGUAUCCGGUGAGCCUCCAGAUUCUGUUAGUCAAAGAGAAGCGGAAUCGACUUCGUCUGCAGAUGAAGAGCCUAUUUUGAAGAAGCUUAGACUGAAUGUGCGGGAUUCGGUUACAGACGACCAAUGCGCCGAUCCAUCCACCAUACUGGACCCGUGCGAUGGUUACGAAGGACCACGUCAGUCCCCGAUAGACAUCGAUCCCUGCGGAAAUCACGUGGAGGUUGACCGCAGCGUGCUGAGGUUCAAGAACAUCGACUCUACCCCGCAGAGCAUCCAGCUGUUAAACACGGGCAACAGAGUGAUGGGCGCCGUCACCUGGGCCAACCACAUCCCUACAACGAUCAGCGGCGGUCGGCUGCCGGGGACGUUUGUCUUCGAGAUCUUUGAUAUGCACUGGGGCGCCAACAACUCCUAUGGUUCUGAGCACACGAUCAACGGGUAUCGCUACCCGGCCGAGCUGCACCUGGGCUUCAGAAACAUCAAGUAUGGCUCGCUCGAAGAGGCGGCAGCGAAUGUUGACGGCCUGGCGGGCAUUGCUGUGUUCCUCGACUUGCAUUCUGGAAGCGCCGGUCGAGGUAUCGCUCCUCUGGCGCAGUCGCUGUACGAGAUCAAGGAGGCGGGCAGCUCCUCCCAGGUGGCCUCGCCACCCAACAUGAAGCAGCUGCUGCCGAAGAGGCUGGACCGCUACGUGGCCUACACGGGCUCCCCGACUGCGGUGAUCCCCUGCUGGGGUAACGUCGUCUGGUACGUCAUGCUGGAGCCGAUCAGGAUCCUGGAAAGGGAGCUGGAGCUGCUGCGUGACCUGCGGAACGGCAGCGGUCACCGACUGUGCCAGAGCACGAUCCGAGCCCUGCAGCCUGUCAGCUCCCGACGGCUCUACACUAAACAGCGCUUCCUGCGCUGUCUCACCAGACAUUGAAAGAAGUUCAAAGGCGCGUUCCUGUGCAACCAAAUGGUUUAUCGCAUAUACAGGAAAGAGUUCGACGGCUGCUGAUGUCAACAUUGUCCCACGACAGAGCAGUGGCUCGAUCGCAAGACAUCGAUGCGUGAGGAGCGCUCUCGAGCUCAGUUCUUGAGCGACAUAGCGA